CCUCAGACCGAUCCCAGCCAUGGCCGCCGCUAGCUCCGAUCCCGCUGCCGCCUCUGCCGGGUGUCCGCGCCCCGUGUCCCCCGAGGAGGAGGAGGAGGAGGAGGGGGAGAGCAGCGGGGGGGAGUCGGACAGCCUGCGGGGCCCCUCCGGGAGCAGCACGGGGGCCAGCUCGGGGACGGAUGACGGAUAUUGCAGCGGCAGCAAGAGCGGGCGGAGCCUGGAGGGAGAACCGCUCAGCCGGAUGGACUCCGAGGACAGUAUAAGUAGUACGCUGAUGGACGUGGACAGCACAAUAUCCAGCGGGCGUUCAACUCCCGCCAUGAUACUCUGCCAUGGGCUGCCUGCCUCUUCCAGUAAAAGCAUUUCCUACAACUGCCUCUGGGACCAGUGUCAGACCUGUUUCUCCUCCAGCCCCGACCUUGCAGAACACAUCCGAUCCAUUCACGUGGACGGGCAACGCGGUGGGGUGUUCGUGUGCUUCUGGAAGGGAUGUAAAGUCUAUAACACGCCAUCCACGAGUCAGAGCUGGCUGCAGAGACACAUGUUAACACACAGCGGCGAUAAACCCUUUAAGUGUGUGGUGGGGGGCUGCAAUGCCAGUUUUGCAUCUCAAGGAGGAUUAGCACGUCACGUCCCAACACAUUUCAGCCAGCAGAACUCUUCCAAAGUGUCCUCUCAUCCAAAAUCCAAAGAGGAGUCACCAUCCAAAGCUGGACUCAAUAAAAGGAGGAAGCUGAAGAACAAGAGGAAGCGUUCCUUGUCGUCACUAGGAUCCUCUCAAUAUUCUGCUGCCACAGUACAGCUGAAAGCCAGACCACAUGAUUUUUUUGAUGCGCAAACGCUGGAUGCCAUAAGACACCGCGCCAUCUGUUUCAAUCUUUCUGCUCAGAUUGAAAGCUUGGGGAAUGGACACAGUGUUGUCUUUCACAGCACGGUGAUUGCAAAACGGAAAGAGGACACAGGGAAGAUAAAAGUCUUACUACACUGGACACCUGAGGACAUUCUCUCUGAUGUCUGGGUGAAUGAGAGUGAGCGACAUCAGCUGAAAACUAAAGUCGUCCAUUUAUCCAAACUCCCAAAAGACACAGCGCUGUUACUGGACCCGAACAUCUACAGAAAUUCUAGUAAAAGAAUUCCACAGAGUGGAGCCGCCUGAUCGAUAGCUGCUCUGUACGCCUUGUGCUGAAUUGUGUUGUGGGAGAAGCAAAACGAAACAUACCGUCUGUGAUCGCUGACAUCUCUCGCCUGCAGCGUCCUUCCCACGCUGUCUGCGCUCUGUUUAAACCUUGAGUCAAUGCUCAUAUUGCUUCGCUGUUGUUGACAAUGUCCGCUUCUCAUGCAUCCUCAUAACCCUGUUCGAUUCACGGAAACUGACCGUCUCUUCUGGCAAAUUAAGGCUUUGCAUGUGCGCUGUGUCGAGAUGGCUUUCUUUAGUUCAUUGUCUGCAGUAACUUUUACUUGGUAGAUUGGACCCAAAUUUUAGAAAUCAAACUAUGGCCAGUAUUUGGAAGCCCAAUCACACUCCACGAGAGAAUAAAUGACCCCAGUUUGGGUUGAAUGUGUAUCUCUGACUAAAAUACGCCUGAGCUAAAUGAACUUGCUCUUCAUCUGGCGUUUAAUUAAAUAAAUUCAAAUAUUUUGAUCAAAACAAAAACAAAACUAUUUUGAUAACAUCUAGUUAACAAACGUAUUAUGCACCAAAGUAUGUUCUAUGAAGAUAGAUGAUGGCUGACUAUAUAUUUUUUAAUUUACCUAUGAAUUGGACUCUGUGCUAUUUGCCCAAUGCUUGCAUUUGUUAGUGUUUGCUUGUACAUAAUACAGCAGAUUUGUAAUAUAUUUUUAUAUUCUGAAAUAACUGUAGAUUUUCGCAUUAGCUUUAUCUUAUUUUUUUUUUUUUUGCAGCAUAAGAAUUAUUGUAAAGAUUGCUAGAAUUGAUCUGGACUAAAUUCAUUUUCCGCUAGUUUUGCCAGAAGUGUUUUUUUGGUUGUAUUUUUUUAAAGCACCUUUAUCAGAUAAAAUUUAUGUUCUAAUAAUUAUUAGUUAUGAUUUAAGACCUCGGAUAAAGAAGCCCAAAAUAUUUCCAGUUGACCUUUUUAGGUGUGAUAAAGAUAUAUAUAAUGGAUAUCAGAUCAUCUAGUUUAAGAGAUUUUGUCGUUCGUUAAUGAUUAACGAACAGAUUAUGUAAAUGUCUUGUUUAUUUGUGAGAGAAGUUUAAAGGACCCUUGGUGAUUUUGGUACCAGGAAGUUCUUAGCGCUGCCGCUGGGUAUUACACGCCUGUAUGUCUGCAGAGCCUGAUCUUCUAAUCUGAGCUGGUAUGAGAAAGUACCCGUCUCCUGCUCAUACCAAGUCGGGACUUGAUUGAUUGGAUGAGAGUGACGGUUGAUAUUCAGCUUAAGCUAAUGAAUAUUGGCAGUUUGCUUUGAGAUGCCAUGAGUGCUUUACUAUACCAGCUCAGUCUGGAGCGACCGUGGGCACCUGCCAGAGACAAGAUUCUUAAACGGUUUGACUAUUUAACCUGGUAGCUCCUGGCACCAUAACCCCUAUAGAAUGCUGUGUUGGUGCUAAGAGUAUCGCUUUAAAGAUGCAAGUAUGUCAUGUGUAAUUCGAUAGCUCUAUAUAAUGGGAUUUCUAUUAAUAUUUAGCUGUGUGAGCGAGAGACAGCUAAGGAGGGACACAGACCCCACAAUAUGGCUGCAGACCCCCAUUAUUGCCAUUAGGUAACUGAUAAAGGAAUGGGUAGGUCGCCAGGCUGCACCAGGCCCUUGAUGUUCUGGAGCUCGCACUGUAUUCGAGAAAAGUGUUAACUGUUUGAACUCCUUCUGGUCUAAACUCAACAUCUCAUAUUGUGUUCCUUUAGCCGUGGGAUAGUGGAAAUAAUACGCCUCAAGCACUUCAUACCCUUCCCAUCGCUACAUUUACUGAUCCCUUGACAUUUGGUCAAUUUCUUUUGAUAAUCUUGUAUAAUGACUAAUUGUGUCGUAGUUAUUUUUAUUAAAUAAUGUGAUUUCUAUAAAAUUUUGGUGGAAUCUUGUUUUGCAAUAAAAUAAUAGAAAGUU